GGUCUAACUAAAAAGUACAUUAUUCUACUCACAAGAUACUUUUUUAAAAUGCUAAACUAUAUCAAACUAUUUGUGCAAAUCCUGUGAAAGAUGAUUUCCGUGUCCUCGUACAAUCAGUUCACAAAUGGUUUACAGUGUGAAUAAGAAGAAAGAAAGAAAAGAAAAAAUAGUUGACAACAACAAUAGUUGAGCUUCUCUCAUGCUGAGUCCGCCCACCCUGUCGUGUAAGGUGACACCAGCCAAUCACGGCUCAUUCCGCCUUUGGCCAUCAGAGAAAGACACUUUAAGGAGGCGGAAACUCUCCUGUCUCACAUAUAUAAGCAUUAAAGAGUGGGUUGUCUUUACGGUAUCCAUGUGGAAAUCUUCAGUGGCUCACAGUCUCAGCCAACAACCUACAAAAGCGCACAGGAAGCCCGAGAACGGCGCCACCUGGAGUGGACCGUGGUGUGAUGUGGAUCUGAGUGACAGUGACAGUGACAGGGAAGGGAACCCCCGCUGUGUCCAGCUGUGAGGCCGGGUCACUGAUCCACGCCGCUGCCGUCUGACGCGGAGCUGUCCACUCGCAUGGGGCUGAACCGAACCGCAGAACACCGCAGCGCACAGCUUCAUCCAACAUUCACUGAGCGCUUACUCCUGUGAGUGUUUACAUGCACGCGACCGGAUCUGAAACAAGUCAAAGUGACAAGAAGCUACACGGAGGAGCAGAAGUGAUGGCUGGACUCCACACCGCCGGUGUCGUCACUCCAGGGGUUUGAGUGAAGACCGACAGCGCGCUCGCACCGGAACCCUGCGCAGCGUAGCCUCCGUAGAUGACAGGAGGGGAGCGACACAGAGGCUUUAGAACAGCGAGGUAUGCACUCUACAUCACCGGGGUGUCCCCUUACGCAGGAAAACUAGAAAGAGAAAUUUGAGCUAAAAACACGACACUAGUGCACUACGUGCAGCCGAGAACAUGGGCUGCAUCAGCUCCAAAACGCCUGUUGGUAAGAGUUGGUUUUAUUCCAUAUUGAAGCACGCUGGAGAACGGAUGCUUUAUUUUUUUUUUUUCCGCAUUUCUUUCACUGCAGCCUUCUGCGGGUGUGUGGGAGCUGGGAGGAUUUGUUGGGUUGCUUUAGCGCACAGGCAGCAUGCUGUGGCCGAGAUGUGAGACACAUGAUGCGUCGUACGGGAGAAAGAGAGAGAGAGAGAAAAAAAUCUUUAUCAAAACAUAUGCAGUGUUUUUGUGUGCGCGUGCAGGCGUGCGUUAUUAGGUUGGUGGUGGAGUGGAAGUGAAACCGAGAGACGGGUAAAUCUGCAGCCUAAACAUCGCGAUGCUACGAGAGUUGCAGGGAGCUUUAUGAUGAGCACGGCAGCAGCCACAGACAGACAGACACAGGAGCGCUCUCUAGCACCAGGGGGAGAUGCUGAGAGUCUUACAAACGGCGUUUAAAUCAGGGGCAAGAAGACUAGACGAUACGGACACGAUGGUUCUGACCGCCCUCACCCAGUUUGGCUGCAAGGUGAAUGUUGACGACACCGUUGAAAUGUUACCAAAAUCAAGAAGAGCUCUCACCAUCCAGGAAAUUGCUGCAUUAGCAAGAUCCUCCCUGCAUGGUAUUUCCCAGGUGGUGAAAGAUCAUGUGACAAAGCCCACAGCAAUGGCACAGGGCAGAGUUGCCCACCUGAUCGAGUGGAAAGGCUGGUGUAAGCCCAUGGACACUCCGGCAGCCCUGGAAUCGGACUUCAACUCCUACUCUGACCUUACUGAAGGAGAGCAGGAGGCGCGCUUCGCUGCUGGUGUAGCAGAGCAGUUUGCCAUCGCUGAGGCCAAGCUGAGGGCCUGGUCGUCUGUGGACGGUGACGAGUCCAACGAUGACUCAUACGACGAGGAGGUUCCGCCUUCCAGUGAGCCCAGCACACAAAGCACAGACUUGCCCUCAUAUCCUCCCUACUUAAAGGACCUGAUCCACAGCCAUCUUUGCCAACACCUGCGAGGUCCCUGUUGUGAGGGGGGAGGAGGAGGAGGGAGCGGAGAAGGAGGUGGCAGUGGGGAACCCUCACCCACAGCCGGGUCCCCGGACACCCUGUGCUCCAGUGUGUGUAGCCUGGACGAGCACCACCCGCUCCUGCGCGACCUGAGCGGCCACCGCGGUGGCCAUUGCCACAGCAGCGGCGCUGAACUCGCUGCCAAGAUCCUGUCAGCGCUGCAGGGAGGGGAGGAGCUCCUGGCCAGACUGCAGAGGGUAGGACAGAGCGGGCCUGGAGGGGGGGACUGUAUAUUCCGCAGCUUGGGGUUGGGAGGUCGGGGCCUCGGGCCCUGUGGGGGACAGGACUCUCCUUGCUUCUCCACGUCUUACUCCGAGACGUACCUGUCACCCGGUGAGGAUGACGACACACCCUGCAAGGACUACGAGAACACGGUGUGUCAGGUGGAGGGGGAGGCAAACGAUGAGGAGUACCCUCCCAAUUAUGACCCUCGGAGGAGGGUCUCUGAUGUCGCCUCCUCUGGGGUGGUGUCAUUAGAUGAGGAGGAUGAAGAGGAAGAGGAGGAAGAAAGGGCUGGAGAACCAAACAACCAAUGACUCCUCUCUCCUCGACUCAGUGUUUCAUCCUCCAAGCUUUUUUUUGGAGCCUUUUCAUUUCUCCAUGGUGUUUUUAAAGUUUGAGCCUUGGUGCAUGUUGUUUUUUUUUUUCUCUGCUGACUCAAAAUGAAAAAAAUCACCUGUCUUUGCCUUACUUGCAGCAUUUAAACUCCCCAACCUCAUCACCGCUUUCCCUCCUCUAAUCUUUGAACCCUGCUCUCUUUGAGGCGUCCAAACAUUUCUUUGCUCUGAUUUUAGGUGUUUUGGAACCGUCACUGGAGUCCAACAGUUUGCUUAUCCUUUUUUGGGUUUCUGGCCCCGUCCCUCUCUCCAUCCCCUUUUUUCCUCUCUGUGAAAGUGACUCCAAAUAUUGAUGCCAGUGGGGGCAGGCAGACUGAAGACUGAGUCCAGAACUCUUUGACUUGUCUUUGCAUGUGUUUUGCAAGUGGUUAAAUCGACGGGCCUAUAUGCCCCUGAGCACGGUCUGUAAUCUUGGCUGUUCUGUAUAAUACGUCCUCCUCUGCCCAACACCUCCCACCAGAAGGGACGUAGAGGGAAGGCAGGUUGGCACCGCAUCCUGGCACCUACCCUCCCUCUCUCUCAUCUCUGCCCUCUUCCCUCCUAAAGUGCAUCCAUUCUGGGCAUGGCUUGCUGAGUAUGCCAAACGAUUCAACCCUGUCUGCAAAUUAUGAUAAAAUGCUGGAAUGUCUUUAAAAUGACAGGGCGUAGUUAUGUAUUUUACAUGAACAAAGUUUAAAAAAAAAGAUUUGUCACAAAGGAUGUGAUACGGCGCUCUCAUUGUACUAGUUUUCUAUCACUCCAAAUAUGUCGUUGUUCACGUCAUUCUGUCCAUCACUGUGAUGGACGUCUGCCAUAAAGACCAGUUACAGCUACUGGGUUCUGUGGUUUCCUGUGUGGAAAACAUAAGAACUGUGGGGCUGUACCACAGCAGCAGCAGCAGUGACAUCGACAACAACGAAAAACUAAGAAUGUUCCUGAAGCGACUCUUCGACGCCAGGCCUUUUGGCAGGAAGUAGCUCUGGUUGAAGACAGAAAGUUGACCUGGAGAUUUUUCUAUAUUUUUGUAUGCCUUGUCUUGCUUGAUCGCUCUUUGCCUCUGCGGCGUGACAGUGUAUGUGGUUUUUUGCACGAAGCUAACGUGGCUGUAGAUUUCUCUUUUUCUUUGUUAUCACUGUGUGAUAUUGUCCAAUGGGGAAAAAACAAACAAAAAAUACUGGAAAAAAACAAACAAAACAAACAACAAAUGUGAACAAAAAGUUUUUAUUUUUUUUGUUAUUUCAAAAGAGGAAACUGUGAGAUUGUUUGUAAUUAUCUUAUGUCAUGAUCCUCAUAAAGAGCUGCUGCUUUUCUUUUGUUAAAAAACGCUUCUUUUUGUUUCUCUCUUUCCCCCCGUUAAACCAACCUUGUGGGAAAUUUUACCUUUUACUGUAAACUGCUCUCUUGAUUUUUAUGAUGUUUGCAAAAGGGCACUUCCAUCUCCAUCAGGAUGUGAGGAACCUCACCGAGGUUCUCCCAGAGGGACCAUCAUUCAUACAACUCAGGAAAUCCCAUCGGACCAGGGCAUCAAUGCAUUCUGCUCACGCUCACAUAACACCACUUGAUCCUAAAUCGUCUCUGUGUGUGUGUGUGUGUGUGUGUGUGAGAGAGAAAGAAUCUCGCUGUGUGCAAAGUUGUUUUCUACAAAUAAUUAAAGCACAGAUCCAUUCCCCACAUCCUCGUUUCACGUCUGUUGUCCGACUGUUCCAUAGAUCUUCAGUGUGUCCUUUUUCAAGGAUUGCGUAGCUGUGUCUAUUCUAAUUUGUGUGUCUUUGUGUGUGGCUGUGUUGUGUACUGGUGUAAAUCCACAUUGUAUGAUGUCAACAACUCCUCAAGUUUCUGCACUGUGCAGUCAAUUUAAUCCAAAACUUAUCAGACAGACGCAGCGAUUCCCUUUAAAAUUUAAACUAGUGUAGCUGGUUUUUUUUGGUAAAGAAAUGAAAAUGUUACAAAACCAAAAUAUAUAUAUAUUUGUAUAUUUUCAGGCAAAAAAAAAAAGAAAAUAUUUUUCAAGCAGCUACAUUAAAAUGGUGAGUCUGGAGAAUUGAUUAGACAGUGACAACUCAGGAGGAACCAUCGAAGCUGUGCCUUUCAUUCUUCACCUUUGACCUCCCAGGUUGCACUGUCAUCAUCGUCAUCGUCGCCAUCGUCAACCAUCAGCCAUUCUGUCUUGUCCCUCAGGCCUUCUUCUUCUUUUAUGUCUUUACUUUCAGCCAAGUUGAGGCUCUGUUUCCUCCUGCAGAGGUUACGGCAGAACCAUUUGUGUCACUUGCCUUUUUGGUGGACGUUAAAAUCUGACGAGGCUUUUGUGUGAGCGCAGUGAUCAGAGUGCGGCACUCGCUGUUCCCGCUGUUAUACAUCCAUGCUGUUCGCAAUUUCGGUGUAAUUGUCACUCGUCCUGUCCCCAAGGCAGCCUGCGUAUGAGUGUGUGUGUGUAUGAGCAGGACAGAGUGGAAACGAGAGAGAAAGAAAAACAAAGGUCGACAGAGUGGUGAGAGAGAACACACACACACACACACACACUGUGUGUAUCUGUUUUACACUGAAGAUGAUGUCGAUUUGUUCAUUUGCUAAUUCAUUCAUUAAUGACGCAGUCCUAAAUUUAGCCCCAGUCCUUCUCGCAGCUCAUUGGUGAAUUUCUUAUCUUUUUGUCCUUUUUGGCCAGAACACUUUGUCCCCAUGAGGACAGAAAAUGUCCCACUGACACACAGACAGCCUGAUGAAUGUCUCUCCUCUCCAUCCUUCUGCCACGUCCUGUCCCCCCCCCCCCCCCACUCCCCACAUCCCACCCAGGCCUUUUGUCUGCGUCCUUCCCCUCUCUCUCUCUCUCUCUCCUUCUUUCCUUUACUGUCUCUCUCUCUCUCUCUCUCCAUUUUCCCUCCCUUUGUCCCCCACGUGGGACUCAUUACAUAACUAAAAGGACAUCUGAGUGCUACCUGUGCCGACAGGCAAUUAGCCCGUCGUUAUAAAACUGGUUGACGAACAGGUGAUGCUUAUCUCUCCCCCCUGUCUGUCUUUUUAUUUUUUCACCCACUCGUCUUUCAUCCCUUCGCUCCCCCUGCUCCUGCUCCCCCUCCUCCCCUCCUCCCCCGGCUUCUUCUCCUUCUGUUUUUCUCUCUCAUCUUCUCUGCCUCAUUCCUACCAGCAGUCUCUAAAGUGGCAUAGUUUCAGGUUUGAUGGCCUAGAAAACUCUUCUCUGUUUGAGAACGGCGACAGGUGAUGAAGGGAAAGUGCUCUUUGCCAGAACCUGGGAUUAAUAAUAUUUUUGCAGAACGGCAGCAGAGGUUCGUCCCUUGAGUCUUGUCCUUGAGUCUGACAGAUCUUUAGAGUAAAACGUGCACUUUUUUUUGUACAAAUGUGUGUGUGUGUGCGCAUGUGUUUCUGGGCUGUGCCAUUUUGUCAGUUGCAUUGGUCAAGCAAAGGCACUGGAUGGAUGCAACAGUUUAUCUACACAGGUCUAUUGAAAUAAAUCCACAGCAGAGUUGUUUAGACACUAAAUCACUAAAGAAAGUUCCAGAACCCAUUGAUUAAACACAGAAGUUUGAAAGAAAAAAAAUAGUUGCUUACUUCUGCCCGUCUUGUUGUAUCGGCGUGUUCCAGAUCCUUUGUGUCUCCGAGUGACUCGGCGUGUGGUGGUGACGAAGUCAGUGCUAAAAAAAGACAUCAAAACAUCUGUUGGACAAUGUGAAGGCAGAAGGAGCGCAUUAAUAUUCAGCUGCUGCUGCUGAUCCUGUCAUCCCUCAGCCUAUUUUCCAUUUUGGAGCGAAGCUGCGUGGCCCUGGGGCCGUUCUCGCCCACACCACCAGCCGCCACUCACCACUAUUAGGACAAACCCUGUAAACAGGGCCGACACUGUUGCAUCAUUUCCACCAGGCUGUCCAAGAUGACGAGCGUGAAUUCAUUCCACUGAGAACUACAGUGUACUGUACACUGUGUCAACACAAGUUAUUUUGAAAAUAAUAUUUCUGACCUUGCUUUUACAACAAAACACAUAUCUAACAAAAUGAGGUAAAUAUAACAAACAUGAUAUGGAUAUUUGAUCCAAGCCAAUUUUUGAUCAUUAAUUUAUUGUAGUAUUUAAGGAAUAAGUACAUUGAUAACAACAGAAAACAGGAGGCAAAAAAA